CAUGUUUCUUGAGGGCGGAAGUGCAGCGAGAGGCGGGAAGACUGGGGGGGAGGGGCCGGGCGGCGCUCUUUCCUGUCAGAAGGAAGGAAGGAAAGAAGGAAGGAGGAGGAGGAGGCCUUUCGGAGAGAGAGAGAGAGAGAGAGAGAGGAGGAGGAGUAUUUAUACCCCGCCCUUCUCGCCCCGAAGGGGACUCAGAGCGGCUUACAGAACACGCAUACGGCAAACAUUCAGUGCCUGAUUCUACAAUUAACAAGGACAGACAACGCAGACACAGGUAACCUCUAAACGAACCUUAUGAAGAAAACAUUGCCCUUUGCCUUUCGUCUGAAAGGAAAGUACGCAGGAUUAACAAGAACAAGAAAUGAAUUGGAGAAAUUAUAUUUCAAGCUACAUACCUUUAAAUGUAAGGAAAGGGAGGAUUGUGCUGUAAAAAGAGGGGUUGGUAAAGAGAAAAUAAGACUACAGCAAUACAGAGACUGGGAAGAGGAAAUGUCCUAUUCAGGAGUCCAUAUCUGUGAACUUCAGGCAUAAUAUUAGAAUAAUAAAUGUUAAAAAAUGGAAAAUUCAUUGUCAAAAUCACACACAGGGGAGAAGCGACAUAAUUGUAAGGACUGUGGGAAAUGUUUCAUUGAGAGAAGUUCUCUUGCUAAACAUCAACGAACUCACACAGGAGAGAAGCCAUAUAAAUGUGUGGAAUGUGGAAAGAGCUUCAGUCAGAGUGGACAUCUACACACCCAUCAGAGGACCCACACAAGGGAGAAGCCACAUACAUGCAUGGAAUGUGGAAAGAGCUUCAGUCAGAGUGGAAGUCUACGCACCCAUCAAAGGACUCACACAGGGGAGAAGCCAUAUAAAUGCAUGGAAUGUGGAAAGAGCUUCAGUGAGAGUGGAAAUCUACGCACCCAUCAAAGGACUCACACAGGGGAGAAGCCAUAUAAAUGCAUGGAAUGUGGAAAGAGCUUCAGUCAGAGUGGAAGUCUACGCACCCAUCAAAGGAUUCACACAGGGGAGAAGCCACAUACAUGCAUGGAAUGUGGAAAGAGCUUCAGUAAGAGUGGACAUCUGCGUAUCCAUCAAAGGACUCACACAGGGGAGAAGCCACAUACAUGCAUGGAAUGUGGAAAGAGCUUCAGUCGGAGUGGACAUCUGCGUAUCCAUCAAAGGACUCACACAGGGGAGAAGCCACAUACAUGCAUGGAAUGUGGAAAGAGCUUCAGUCAGAGUGGAGAUCUACGCACCCAUCAAAGGACUCACACAGGGGAGAAGCCACAUACAUGCAUGGAAUGUGGAAAGAGCUUCAGUCAUAGUGGAAGUCUACGCACCCAUCAAAGGACUCACACAGGGGAGAAGCCACAUACAUGCAUGGAAUGUGGAAAGAGCUUCAGUCGGAGUGACUAUCUACGUUCCCAUCAAAGGACUCACACAGGAGAGAAGCCACAUACAUGCAUGGAAUGUGGAAAGAGCUUCAGUGAGAGUGGACAUCUGCGUAUCCAUCAAAGGAUUCACACAGGGGAGAAGCCACAUACAUGCAUGGAAUGUGGAAAGAGCUUCAGUAAGAGUGGACAUCUGCAUAUCCAUCAAAGGAUUCACACAGGGGAGAAGCCACAUACAUGCAUGGAAUGUGGAAAGAGCUUCAGUGAGAGUGGACAUCUGCGUAUCCAUCAAAGGACUCACACAGGAGAGAAGCCACAUACAUGCAUGGAAUGUGGAAAGAGCUUCAGUGAGAGUGGACAUCUGCGUAUCCAUCAUAGGAUUCACACAGGGGAGAAGCCACAUACAUGCAUGGAAUGUGGAAAGAGCUUCAGUAAGAGUGGACAUCUGCAUAUCCAUCAAAGGACUCACACAGGGGAGAAGCCACAUACAUGCAUGGAAUGUGGAAAGAGCUUCAGUGAGAGUGGACAUCUGCGUAUCCAUCAAAGGACUCACACAGGAGAGAAGCCACAUACAUGCAUGGAAUGUGGAAAGAGCUUCAGUGAGAGUGGACAUCUGCGUAUCCAUCAAAGGAUUCACACAGGAGAGAAGCCACAUACAUGCAUGGAAUGUGGAAAGAGCUUCAGUCAGAGUGGACAUCUGCGUAUCCAUCAAAGGAUUCACACAGGGGAGAAGCCACAUACAUGCAUGGAAUGUGGAAAGAGAUUCAGUGAGAGUGGACAUCUGCGUAUCCAUCAAAGGACUCACACAGGGGAGAAGCCACAUACAUGCAUGGAAUGUGGAAAGAGCUUCUGUCGGAGUGGAGAUCUCCGUAACCAUCAAAGGACUCACACAGGUGAGAGACCACAUAAAUGUGUGGAAUGUGGAAAGAGAUUCAGUAAGAGUGGAAAUCUACGCACCCAUCAAAGGACUCACACAGGGGAGAAGCCACAUACAUGCAUGGAAUGUGGAAAGGGCUUCAGUGAGAGUGGACAUCUGCGUAUCCAUCAAAGGACUCACACAGGAGAGAAGCCACAUAAAUGCAUGGAAUGUGGAAAGAGCUUCAGUCAGAGUGGAAGUCUACGCACCCAUCAAAGGAUGCACACAGGAGAGAGGCCACAUACAUGCAUGGAAUGUGGAAAGAGCUUCAGUCAGAGUGGACAUCUGCGUAUCCAUCAAAGGAUCCACACAGGGGAGAAGCCACAUACAUGCAUGGAAUGUGGAAAGAGCUUCUGUCAGAGUGGAGAUCUAUGCACCCUUCAAAGGACUCACACAGGGGAGAAGCCACAUAAAUGCAUGGAAUGUGGAAAGAGCUUCAGUCAGAGUGGAGAUCUACGCACCCAUCAAAGGAUGCACACAGGAGAGAAGCCACAUAAAUAGGACAAGUGCAAAGAAGCCAGAAUGUUUGUCCAAAGAACUUCUAAUGACUAUGACUUAAAAUAGACAUGAACAGGAAGUGGAAGGGGAAGAAAUCACAAAAUCAUAUAACCAUAGAGUUGGAAGAGACCUCAUGGGUCAUCUAGUCCAACCCCCUGCCAAGAAGCAGGAAAUUCCAUUCAAAGCACCCCGGACAGAUGGCCAUCCAGCCUCUGCUUAAAAGCCUCCAAAGAAGGUUCCACAGCUGAACUGCUCUCACAGUGAGGAAGUUCUUUCUUAUGUUCAGGUGGAAUCCCCUUUCCUGUAUUUUGAAGCCAUUAUUCUGCAUCCUAGUUUGCAGAGCAGCAGAUAACAAGCUUGCUCCCUCCUCCUUAUGGGAUUUUGGCCUGCAUAAAUAGGGGCAGAGUGUCUAGAUCCAGGGAAGUCAUGGCACCCCUCUAUUCUGCCUUGGUCAGACCACUUUACCUGGAAUCACACUGUGUCUAAUUCUGGGCACUGCAAUUGAAAGGAGACGUUGAAAAGCUGGAAGGUGUCCAGAGGAUGGCGACUAAAAUGAUCAAGGGUCUGGAGAACAAGCCCCAUGGGGAGCGGCUUAAAGACCUGGGCAUGUUUAGCCUGCAGAAGAGAAGGCUGAGAGGAGACAUGAUAGCCAUGUACAAAUAUGUGAGGGGAAGUCAUAGGGAGGAGGGAGCAAGCUUGUUUUCUUCUGCCCUGGAGACUAGGACGCAGAACAAUGCCUUCAAACUACAGGAAAGGAGAUUCCACCUGAACAUCAGGAAGAACUUCCUCACGGUGAGAAGGGCUGUUCGGCAGUGGAACUCUCUCCCCCGGACUGUGGUGGAGGCUCCUUCUUUGGAGGCUUUGAGGCAGAGGCUGGAUGACCAUCUGUCGGGGGUGCUUUGAAUGCGAUUUCCUGCUUCUUGUCAGGGGGUUGGACUGGAUGGCCCAUGAGGUCUCUUCCAACUCUGGGAUUCAAUGAUUCUAUGAUUUAAAGUGAGUAAAUCGAGAUAAAAAUCAGCAUGCAGCAAGAGUUUUGUAGAUUGGUUUUUCUAUUAGUUUUGUUCUUUUUAUGUAGGUUAUGUGUCCUUGAAGCUUUAAUGUUUCUUAUGUAGUCCUUUCCUUAAAAAUGCCAAAAUUGUAAUUUAUAUUAAGAAUUAUCAGAACAACCUAUUAAGAGGACAGAAAUAAAGCCAGGAAAGCUCCAGGUCUGGACGGAUUGGGAACAGAAUAUUACAAAAGUAUUAGAGAAAUACUGACUGCAACAAUAUUAGAAUUGUAUAUUGGAAUAAUGAUUGUGGAGAAAAUACCAGAAUCGUGGAGGAAGUCAUUCAUAAUAUUAAUAUGAAAAGAUUUAACAGACCCAGGGUCUUACAGGCCCACAUCAUUAGUUAAUCAGGAUGAAAGGUUUUUAUCAGUUAUAAUAGCCAAUAGAAUGAAUAAAUGCAUGUACAAGUAUAUAUAAAAAGAUCAAUCUGGGUUUGUAAAAGGAAGACAAAUGUUACUAGCAUUAGAUAUAUUUAAUGCUUUGAUUGUGUAGCAUGGCAGAUAAUAAGUGAGAUUAUGAAUUAAUUUGGAAUGGGACGUAGAAUAAAAGGAUGAUUAAAACAAUUUUAUUUGCUAUGGUGAUAGAAUUAUGUGCAAACGCCAUCCAAAAAGGUAAGAAUGUAGAAGGUGUAGGAAUAAAGGAAAAGCAGAAGGUGAGCUUAUUUGCUGAUGACACAUUGUUAUUGAUUAAAUAUCUGGGUAGGUCAAAUUGAUAGGAGAGAGGAUCAUUGAAAGAUAUUUGGGAAAACAACGGGUUUAUAUUAUACAAAGAAAAAAGAAAAAGACUUUAUAGAACAGAGCCAUACGGGAAUUAGAAUCAAGAACAAAUUAAUAUACCUGGGAGUAAGUAUAACAAAGGACUUAAAAGAAAUAGAAGAGGUAAAUGUAGUAGCAUUGAGGAAAAUAGUUCAAAAAAAAUUAAUACACAUCUAUCUUGGUUUGGAAAGACAGCAAUACUAAAAAUGAAAAUGCUUCUGAGGAUAAACUUUAUACUUACAUAUACCUUAUAUUUAUAAUGCCAUUUCAGAUUACAGAAGAAGAGUUGAAUACAUUAUUUCUUUGCAACAUUUCUACCCCACCUUUCUCCACCCCAAAGGAGACUCAUUUGGACAAAUGAUAAAUACUGUAAUGGCAGUCAAAGAAAUUGACGAAACAAGUUACAGAACAGAUCUCAAAAAGAAGAAGGAUUAGCGCUUCCUCAUAUGAAAAAAUAUUAUAAAGCAAACAGACUGAGAUUGGUUAUACAAGGAAUGAUGAAAAGGAGGAUGUAGAAUAGUUAAUAAUGGAUUCAGGAAAAGUGGAGGAAGAAAUUCGGAAUAUGUUUUAAAAUAGUUUAUGAGAAAAAAAAUAAGGUAAACUGGGAACCCAAUGUUGAGUAAUGCAUUAGAAAUAUGGAACAAAUACAGGAGAAAGUUAAUAACAGAUGGCUCAAUAAUAACCCCAAUUAUAAUGGAAAAGACAUUUCCAAAAAAUAAAAAAUAUAUAUGAUGGAUAAAAAAAUUAAGGGGAAAAACUUAGAUAAAAUAGGGGAUUGGCUAAAGGUUGGAAUGAAGAAAGAAAAGAUCAGGAACAUAAAAAUUUGAAAGGAAUAUCCAGUAAAAUUUCUAAAAUAUUAAUUGAAAAAAACAAAGGAAAAGUAAAGAAUAACACCUUCAAGAAGAUUUGGAAAGAAGAUAUAGGAAUGAAAAUCAAUGAAACAGAGGGGUUACAAUUAUGGGCACAAAGACACUUGAAAAAUAUAUCCAUAUGUGUUAAAGAAAAUUAUUAUUUAGUUGAUAUGGAAAUGGUACCUCACAUCCAUAAGAAUAGGAAAUAUAAAUAAAAACUACUCAAACAAUUGCUGGAGAGGAUGCCAAGAAUCGGGAACAUACAUACAUAUGUGGUGGCUGUGUCAAUAUGUAAAUAAUUUCUGGAGAAAGGUAUUAAGAGAGAUAGACACAAUGAACAUUCAAAUAGAAAGCAGUCUUAGCAUGGCUUUAUUCUCAUAUAAUAAUAAACAGUUGGAAAAAGAGGACAAAGAUGCGAUAACAAACGCAUUAACAAUUGCAAGACUGCUUAUAGCAAGGAAUUGGAAAAGGGAAAUAAAUAUAGAGAUAGAAGAAUGGUAUAAGGAAGUAUGGAAACUGGGAAGAAAUGAUAGGUUGACGUGGAGAGGGAUUUAGAAACAAAGUGGUUGUGAUGAUGUCUGGAGAAAAUGUAUUGGAAGAGGAUUCGAAAAGAAAGACAGAAUUACCUCCUCAAGAGGGAAUGAAAAGGAAUUUUGGACAGAUGAUAAAUAAAAAAAGUGACUUGGGGGAGGGUAAGAAAUCUGUAUAAGCGUGAAAAUAACAGUAGAUGCCAAAUGUUAAUGUAUUGUAGAUUGUACUGAAUAUUAUGUGGCUGCUGUAAAAGGAUGUACGAUUUUCUUUAAAAAAAUUAAUAAAUGUAUUUGUAAUUUGUAUAAA